AUGAGUCUUUAUCUUUCAGACGCGCACAACGUCCAUUCUGGGUGUUUUGUGUCUCCCGACAUCGGCUCCUGGAGCUCAUCUCUCUCAGACGUCCCUCGGCCGCCACAAGACGAUGUCUCGUGUAAGAAUGCUGCUUUGCGGAGUAUUAUGGUCAGCCUGGAGACCUCAGCACUUUGGGAGACAUUUAAUAGUCUUGGCACUGAAAUGAUUGUGACAAAAGCUGGGAGGCGGAUGUUCCCACUUUUCCAGAUUCGCAUUUGGGGGAUGGAUCCUACCUCUGAAUAUUCCCUUGUUCUGGAUUUCUUGCCAGUGGGUGACAAAAGAUACAGGUAUGCAUUUCACUCCUCCUCUUGGCUUGUUUCGGGAACUGCAGAUCCUGCACCGCCUGGCCGCCUCCACUUUCACCCAGAUUCACCUGCGAGAGGUUCUCACUGGAUGAGGCAGACUGUCUCCUUUGAUCGACUCAAACUGACCAACAAUGUACAGGACAUGAGAGGACAUAUCAUACUAAACUCCAUGCACCGCUACCAACCAAGACUUCACAUCUUGCUCUCCGAUCGCCUACAAGGGGGAGAAGCACGUGCUGAACAGAAUUUUAUUUCUUUUGUCUUUCCCGAAACCCAGUUCACAGCUGUGACUGCCUAUCAGAACCACAGGAUAACACAGCUAAAGAUUGCAAGCAACCCAUUUGCUAAGGGUUUCCGGGAUGUGGAAGGAGAUGAAUGGUUGCUAUCCCAUAUUCCUACACCAGUCAAAAUGCAGGCAAGGGACUCACCCAAGAGUUGGCAUAAUGCCGAAUCCCACCACUCCUUCUGUUCAGAAGCACAUCACAUGCAGCCAACUGCACAAUGAGCCCCUUUUAUGUGUUCACCAUGGCUGUGCCUCUUCAAUCGGACUCAGCAAUCACCAAGGAAUGGAAAAGCUACUAAUCUGCAAUUAUGUAAAAAUGCCACUUAUACUGUACAUGUCUGAUAGGAACGCCAACUGAUUAUUUAAUUUCUUACCCAGAGUGUAGCAUGUACCCUGGCCUGUAAAGUCUGUUCAUCUAAAAUGUUUGUCUUAGUUUUUGGACAGAGUGAGAAAGGGAGAGAAACUUGGUCAGGUUUUUACUGCUAUCUGGAGCUCCUUUAUAGAGAUUUAUCCUCACUUCCUGUUCUGCCGACAAAGUUUUACAAGACAGGAAGUGAGGGGAUCUUUCCACCAGUAACAUAGGCAGAAGUAAAAUGCAUAUUACCAUACCUCCCAACAUUUUGAGAUGGGAAUGAGGGACACCUACUAACAAACGCAGGGCUGCUGAGAGAAAUCGCGGGGCCCGGCGUACAGACUACCUGACACCCCCCUAAGAAACUUUUAAAGCUGUAUUUCGCUAAAAAUACAAUAAAAUCAUUAUUAGCAGACACAAAUUCAAUGUAAAUCA